UGAAGAAGUUACAAUACGCAAUGGGGAAGGAGGUAAGCAGGCGGUAGAGUGUGGCUCUGUUAUUAUUAUCAUCAUAAUUCGGAUUUAAAGAAGAGUGUUUGGGCAAGUUUUGAGAAGACCUGUGACUGAAACUUGAACUCCUUCUCCCCGUACAUUGUGAUGGAUGCAAUAUGGACGAACUGAUAAAAAGUGAGGGAUAGAGGAAGGAAGAGAAGACUGAAGCAGUUUAACAGAGAGCGAGAACUUAUCACAGACAUACACAAGACAUCAUGUCCACUUCGAUAAAGCAGGAGAGAACCAUUUGUGUCCUCCUCCCCAACAAAGACCAGCUGGACAUCACUGUCGGGCCAAAGUCCACAGGCCAGGAUGUUUUUAAUCGAGUGGCAGAACUUCUUGGAAUCAAAGAGCUGCACUUCUUUGGCCUCACGGUGGUGAAGGACAAUGAGCACACAUUUUUAGACAUGGAGGAGAAACUGAUUAAGUACUUUCCUAAGGAAUGGAAGCAAGAUUCAGGAAAGGGAUUACAGAGGAGACCCUUGCCUCUAGUCCUCUUCCUCAAAGUGCAGUACUACAUAGAAAACGGCAGACUCCUUUGUGAACGAAAGGCACGGCAUCUCUACUAUUCUGAUUUGCGGGAGCGGGUGCUUCGCUCUGAGUGCCGUCAUCAGGAAGAAGUGUACUUCCAGCUCGCGGGUUACGCCUUGCAAGCUGACCUCGGUGACCCCCCGCUGCCCAGGGACGAUAUGGAGAUCACCGCUAAUUUUGAACCCAAGCAGUACUUUCCCCCUUGGAUUAUAGCUAAGCGUGGCGUAAACUACCUCCUCUGCCAUGGGCCAAAGGUUCAUCAGGAGCAGUGGGGCAUGUCUGCUCGUGAUGCCAUCCUGCUCUUCAUCAGAGAGUCGUGCCGACUGGAGGACGUACCCAUCACGUUUUACAGACUGCAAAAGGACAAAAAAGAAGAGAAAGGAACGGCAUUGCUCGGUCUGACCCUGCGAGGAAUGCAGGUUUAUCAGGAGAUGAACAACGUGCGACAGCUGCUGUACGACUUCCCCUGGUCAAAUGUGGGACGUCUCACCUUCCUGGGAAAGAAAUUCGAGAUCCAGCCAGAUGGCUUGCCAUCAGCCCGGAAGCUUGUUUACUACACCGGCUCGUCAUUCCGCUCUCGCCACCUCCUCCUGCACCUGAGCAGCAGCCAUCGCGUCUACCGAAGCCUCCAGCCUGCCCUCAAACACCUACGCCAGCUGGAGGAGAGCGAAGAGAAGAAGCGUUACAGGGAGUCAUACAUCAGUGAUGACCUGGACUUGGAUCCCCCAGGCAGUGAAAGCAGCCCUGGUCUGUCCCGACACUCCACCAGCAGCUCUGGAAUUGAAGCUGAUGCACGUCAACACAGCAUCUCCGUCGAGAUGGCCUCCACGGAGGAGGACAGUCAGCGGCGAGCGGAGAGCUGUGUCAGCCCAGCGGCCAGCCAUGAUGGCUCCUGUACCUCUGGGCUUAACACAGGCAGUAAGACUCGAAUGGAAGAUGAGGGAUGGCAAGAGGAAGAGAUCAAGACCAGCAUUAGUCCAAAGGAGGCCCUUGUGGAUGAUCCUGAUGAGAUGUUCCAGCUGGCUGAUCUUCUUGAAGGAGUAUCAGUGGACUGUGGAGAACUCUCCUCAGAGACCCACUCAGCAGAAAACAAAGUGUGUCCUCAAGACAAUGAUGAAGAUCUUGGGAAAUUAUGCAGCAAGGACAGUUCAAAACAGACGCUGAAAUCUAGGGCACAAGUUUGUGUGGAUCGGCACAGCCACAGUCUAGACGAUGUACGUCUGUUCUCACCUCCAGCACCCCUGGGGAUGACACUGCCACCGGAUUCCUCCCACAGUUAUACCUUUGGGCUCCCAGAUGCCUCAACAAACACAAAGACACCUGCUGAUCAUAGUUACUACCCCCUUUUGCAAUUCCAAGCCAAACCUUCCUUCUGUGGCCGGAGGUCUACCAACUGUCUCUCCCUGGACAUGUUAGGAGAUGAACAGUUUCUGGAAUUCAUACUUUGAGAAUGUAAAAUGCUGAUGUCCAUAAAUACACCCGCUCUCUUCCUUCAUUUACAGUGCAACUUGACUUGUAGGUUGUCAGUGCAUGAAUGUCUCAAGAGUUUUCUGUGUGGUGGUGUUAACUACAAGGGAUGUGUGUGCUUCAAAUUGCAGAGAGACAUUACUGAAAAUGACGGAACCCCUCUCAUUCCUCUGAGAAAAGCUGUGGAUUUGAUGAAUUCAGUUCUGUCAACACUUCUAUCAGUAAACAGAGCCUAUUUAUUAAUGUUGUAUAUUGUGUACAUAUUACUUGCACUAUUUUAUUACAUUGCAACUUCUCUGAGCAAAAACAUUUCUGAUCACCUUCACUGUCUUUUGUAAAGUUCACACUGAUAAACAUUUUCUGAAAUGUCGGAAUAUUGAUAGAAUUUACCAGUAACAUAUAUUUUUAAAUUUUAAGGCCUUGUUGGCAUGUGCUGCAUUGCACAUUCAUAAGAUGGGACUUUAGCCUAUUAGCUAAAAUAAACACUUAAAUCUCCUGGUUUCAUUCAGGAGAAUCUCCAGAAGCUACAGUGCUAAUGUUUGUGCUCCUGUACUGCAUCAUCCUCUUUUUUUUUUUUUCCAGACCUUUUUUAUUAUAUUCUUUAUUUUUGUAUAGUGUGAUUUGUCAUGGUUUAGUCUUCCUCAGCAAUGUAACCGCUGAAGCGGAAAUUUGAACCUCUUUACAAUAAUGCAUUCAUCCAAAGCUUCCACAUUCUAUAAUAUCCUCCUGCUGUCGUAAUUACAACAGAAAAGUAUUAUUAGUAAAGCACUAUUUUUGUAACGAGAAAGUGUAUAAUGAAUCUGCACUAUUUUUGUAUUAUGUAACCACCAAACAAAGAAGCCUUUCUGUUGGGGUUUUUCUCACGUUUUUUUCCCCCACUGCUUUGCAAACACAGGAAAAACUUAUACUCAGUGCCAGAAAUGUAUGAGAAAUUCUCAGUGUUAAUUCACAAUACAGAACAAUUCAUUUUUAACUAAAGCAGUGUGUUUUAUGAUAGUGAAAAUAAAUUCUUAAAGCCACUAAAUGAAA